CAGCUGAAAAUUCAAUCCCACCUUGGUGGGUUAACCUCUAGAUAAACCUGACUGGAUACUCCAUUUGUCGGCAGCACCCAAUGUGCUUACCACAUGAUGUGUGACUUCAGGAGGGCUCAGGAUUUGUUAGUCGUGAACACCUCUGGACUCUCCCUCCAUUGUUUCUCCCUCUGUUUGCAACGCGUACGGCACAGGGUCUGACAUGAAGAAAGUGGUCCAUUGGUCAACGAAGGACGUGCUCCUGUGGCUGACUGAUGUGGGAAUGCAGGAAUACUCAGAGGCCUUACGCCACCUGAACGGCAAGGGCCUCCUGCAGCUCUCUAAAGCGGACUUCCAGACGGCUCCUCUGGCCCUUGUCACCUUGGACGGAGGCAGACAGCUCCUGGACAAGAUGGAGACUCUCAGGAUAGAGCACCACAUUGAAACGCAUAAAAACGGGCAUGCCAACGGACACGCCAUCUUGGCCGUCAACAGUGAGGUUAAUGGGAACAAGCCCAAGAGGAACGGUGUGGUCAAUGAGUUCCACAAGGAGCGGAUCCAGAUCCCCAUGCCUGAGAUCACCCGCUCUCCGUUUCCUGAGGAGUGGGGGAAGACGGGCGUGGCUUUUGUCUACGCCAUGAUCUGCUUCAUCUUCACCACCAUUAUGAUCUCCGUGGUCCACGAACGUGUGCCUGCCAAGGAGGCCACUCCACCCCUGCCAGACAAGUUCUUUGACUUUUUCGGGCGAGUAGACUGGGCUUUUUCUAUAUGCGAAAUCAACGGCAUGCUACUGGUCGUCCUGUGGCUUCUACAGUGGGCACUGUUAAAAUAUAGGUCCAUCGUUGGUCGGCGGUUCUUCUUCAUCGUUGGCACACUCUACCUCUACAGGUGUAUCACCAUGUACAUCACCACACUCCCCGUGCCAGGGAUGCAUUUCAAGUGUUCUCCUAAGCUGUUUGGUGACUGGGCAUCCCAAAUGAGCCGAGUGAUGAAGAUGAUUGCAGGAGGAGGCAUGACCAUCACUGGCUCCCACCACAUGUGUGGGGACUACCUUUACAGUGGCCACACAGUCAUGCUGACACUCACCUAUCUCUUCAUUAAAGAGUAUUCCCCCAAAAAAUUAUGGUGGUACCACUGGAUCUGCUGGCUGCUCUGUGCUGUGGGACUCUUCUGCAUUCUCCUGGCUCAUGACCACUACUCUAUAGACGUGGCGGUGGCUUACUUCAUCACCACACGCCUAUUCUGGUGGUACCACACCAUGGCCAACCAGCAAGCGCUAAAGGAAUCAUCGCAGAGCAACUUUUUCUCAAGGGUGUGGUGGUACCGAUUUUUCCAGUACCUUGAACAGAAUGUCACAGGCAUCGUCCCUCGGAACUACCAGAUGCCGCUGUCAUGGCGAUCGGCCCAGUGGAGUCAAGUGAAGUACAGCCGGAUCGACACUGUGUGCCCGUGACAG